AUGGCUGACUCAGAAACAUCUCGCCUCCAGGACCGAUUAGCUGAAGACAUUGCACUCUUGUUCUAUCUCACUAGGAAUCAUGCUCCGCCAGAACGACACCCCAUGAUGGACCCCAAACCAGACACUGGAUCAGCUCGUACACUCUCUUUUCGCGACGAAUGGCUUUUAACUUCCACUUUAGCAUUUCUGUCUAGCGUUCGAGAUGAUCCUAGCAAGAUCACCGCCGUUUGUGUUGAAGAAUGCCCAUCAGGCCUCACUAUCAUGCUGGCAGUCAACGCCAAAGACUCGUCGCCAUCGCCGUACUUGCAGUCUGUGAAAGCAGGGAUUGAUAAAAUAUUCUCUCUUCUGCGGAAUGUCUCAACAGGUCCCCGACAGUACCACCUCGAGCGCGUUUUCGGCGCCAUAGUUUCCACAUGCCACCGGAAGAUUCUCAGCCGUGCUAGGCUCACCAAAGCUGGACAAAAGCCGCCUCUUGAGAACGUUUUAGGAGAUCUCGUCGCAGGAUUAAGAACACUCUCAAAAGAUAAUAAUAUCGAGACGGUCGCUACUCUGAGUCAGAGCCUGAUUCAGCGAUUACGUCUAUAUCGCGGAAGGGUCCCCGAAAUCGACCAAUCCUCACCAGAGGCGGACAAAGAUCUUGAAGCUAUCGUGUACGACUUUUAUCAGAUUUCCAAGAUUCCGAACAUUGAAAGCAUCAUUCAAAGCGGCUUAGGUAGAAUAUCUCCAGACCUAACUGUCCCACUGGCCUUGUUCGACAAGGUCCGGAAGAUUGCAUCAUAUUGGAAAUCAGCCUCAACUCUGCUCGGAAUUGCAAGACACUUAUCAACCGUUCGUCAGGCUUCAACACUGGCGGUGUCACUAGGGUCCAUUUCAUUCUCCCAGUAUGAACGCACCCCUAACCACUUCCCCGAGCUCAAGGAAACCCUGCAGAGGAUUACGGCCACCCACGAGAUGGAAUGGAACAUGGAAAACCUAGGAUCUUUGCUCUCGAAGAAGCUGAAAACUUCCACUUCGUUUCUUGAUACACUGAAGCGUCUCAAAGCAGGGUCCAAAGUACAUGCUGAAAUCCAACUAGUUUGGUAUUUGCGACGGCAUCAAAGCUCAACCCCUCCAAGAAUAAUCGCCGCGAAUAAGGAGGCUUGCUAUCUCUGCAAUAAUUUCAUAUCACGUCAAACAGACUAUGUCAUCCCCGGCACUCACGGAAGACUUUAUCCCGGCUGGCGCCUGCCUUCGGAUGGCCUACUUGCCAUGAACCAGCCUUUUAUCAUGGACUUGGAGCGCUUGGCUAUUCGUAGAAUCAACCAAGUCCUUAACAACGAAGCCACCGAGAUGAAGGAUCCUACCGAAAGCAGAGCCCCAUCAACAAUUGGUACGAGUUCCACAGUUCUGACAGUGGAAAAUGGCGACCCAGAAGAGUCGCAAGUCUCCGACAGCGAUGAUACAGUGGUCCCCGAGCGUGAGCAUUCUUAUGCCAACGGCUUGAUUGCAAAACCGCAGAACGCCACCGGCUCAAGUGCCCAGGAAGCGGAUGACCAAGAAACUUUUUCUCACCCGCCGUCCGACCAGGCUCAAAGCAUUGCCGCGAACUUGGUUAGUAGCUUGGCAGUGUCCGCCGUCUCAUCAGUUCAUGGAAAGGAAGAGGAGUCUGUCGCCGUCCAGGAGAAAGUAAAAUGGCGGGACGUCAAGAGCGGCGACGUAGGCCACUUCCGACUUUCUGACUCCGUAAGCCUGUACAUCGAAUACACAACAAAACCACCGACCAGUGCAUCCAAGAACCUACGGUUCAUCGCAAAAAGACUUUCCGCAGAGGAAACUACUGCAGCUCUUAGCGGGAACUUGCCUAUUUAUGACUUGAGCAGCCUCAAUGAGGUUGCAUGCGGUACUGGAUGUGAUGGAUUGAUGCUGAGGCUAGAUGGGCAGAUGUUCCGGGUCGAUUUAGAGGCUUUUGGGACCAAAGGCGAGAAGUGA